AUGCGUCUGACAAACAAAGAGGCCCUCUACUUCCUCAACAUCAUGAACAGGCAUCCAGUCAGCAUAUGUCUAGGCGAUCUACUGGGCAUGAAGGCCCAUUCUGCCGACAAGUACACGUCACAGGUGCUUGUUGCCUAUUUCACUCUAUGCAUCAAGUACUUCUACGACACUGGUGAAUUUGCAACCCAUCUGAAUCAGAAGCAGAAGAUCGACCUGUUUCUCAAGUUCAUCUACGUCUUCGAGGCAGACGUGACCAGGGACAUCGCAGUCUACAACCUCUUCAAGGUCUUUCUGAGGGAGGAGUUCUUCGACGCAUUCAUCGCCUACAAGAAUUACAGGCGGUUUGCAUUUCUGAAGGAGUUUCUGGUUGAUUUUUGCGACAAACUUGGAGACCAAAUUGUCAUGAUCGGCUACGACUGUCCAGAAUACAGGCAGCUGAUUUACACGCUUCAAGGAGGAGACUGGAUCGCAGACUGGGCCAACAGAAUCAGUCUGUCUGAGACAUUCUGCAAGUACGACCUGAUGAUAUUCAGAAAGAACAAGUCCAUCAGGAGACUGCUUCAAGUCAACAACCUGUACGACGAAUUGUGCAAUGAAUUUGAUGUAACAGGAUGUGAUUUUGAUCAUAUUGAUGAGAAUGAAAUAGAAUUGAAGUAUGAGCGAAUUAUUGAAAUGGUUGAGAAGAAGGAGGCAUUCAAGAAGGAGAUUGAGAAUGUCAAUAGAGGAGUCUACAACAACGUGGAUCUAAGCAGCAUGUUUUUAUGUGAUUUGGUCUCACUCAAGGCACUUGGUGAAAUAUUGUGCAAGGAGAAGAAUGUUGAAUUGCUACGAGAGUGGACAAGGAUGCUCUGUUUCAAGAAGAUGUUUCUACUGGACGCAUUGAGAUGGUUUCUAUCGACAUUUCAGAUGCCAGGAGAGAGCCAAGUCAUUGACAGAGUGCUUCGUGUAUUUGCUGAGGUCUAUUGCCAACAAAAUGGAAUGAUUGAAGACGAGCAAAUCAGGGCCAUUGUGAGAGAGAAGCUCCCUGAAAAUGGAUCAGUGGAUGAACUCAUUGUAACAGAGUACUUCAAGGUGACAUACUCAUUCGUGUUUCUGAAUACGAUGCUCUAUAAAAUCCAUGGUGAUAGAAAGAUGCCAUUUAGGGAGUACUACGAGAAGUUGGAGACUGAGAUAUUCACACAGGAUGAGAUGCGUAAGUUCUACGAUGAUAUCACAACAAAAGAAAUCCAAUUUCCACACCAUUGGACUGAUGGAUACGACAAAUAUCUCGUCUAUAAGGCGUAUUCAGAAUCACACAAAUCACUGGAAUUGUCUGAUACAAAUGGCAUUCUUGCAAUAUACAAAUACGUGUUUCUGAAUAGCCCAGACCUGGCUACCAAAAUGACCAUCGUUGACUAUUUCAGGCUGUGCAAAAUAUUCAGCAAACUUGACCAGUUUGAGCAGUUUCUGAAGUCCAUCGAAUCUGAUCCAGAUCAGCUUCCAAAUGUGAUACGGGGAUACUGCUGUCUCAUGGAAAUCAGAACACUCACAGUCGACCAGGCUGACUCAUUUGCUGAUCACCUCUCAAAAAUAGAGAAGCCAAAGCCACAGGGCGUAUUCAGGUCGAUGUUUUCAACCAGACACAAAAUCAACGUCCUGAGCCAGUACAGUGCCCUGUACAGUGAAAUAUGCGACACCAAAUUCACCAGCACCGCUGUCCUAGAACAAAACACCCAGCUCCUCUCAAAGAGCGACAAUCUCCUGGUCAGAACACUCUCAAACACCCUGGUCCUGAACAACAUCGAUCUGCUUGAGAACUUCACAAUUCUCGAUAAGGAAACCAAGUUCAAAUUCAUCAACAGAAACCCACACAAACUGAUUCACCUGCUUGAGAAUGAGCAGAUUGAAUUCCUGUACCGCUAUUUCGUACUGAAUGAUUCCACCACCCAAUUCAGCAGUGAGACCGCAACUGGAGCCAGAAAGACGAAUGAGACAACGGUGCUCUUCUACAGGCAGCUGCUUGACGUAGCCCAGAAAACAGAUGACCGAGAAAACAGUCUCAAACUGUUCAAUGCCUUCCUGUCUUCCUGUUCAAAAUAUCACGAUAUCAUCAUCCAGAAAUACGACAUAUUCAGUAGCACAGUUGAGGUAUCAGAGGAUGAAAUGAGCACAGUCUUCUUCAAUGAAGUAUUCUCCAAUGAAUUGGCAACUGCCUCAAACACCAUGAAGUACCUGAUGGCACUGAAGAAUAGUUCAACUGAUUUGAGUAGAAUGGCCUACCAAAUCACAAAGUGCUCUCUUCUGAAUGACUCCAAAUUGAAUGGCUAUUUGAGUGGCAUUCUUGAUAGGGUGGCUGACAAUCUGGUCUACUUGUCACAGCUGAUUGUGUUUCUACUCAACCACAAUUUCAACCUGAAUGGAAACCCAGCCACAAUGAGCAUCAAUUGGUUGGUGAAGCAGUUUGUGAACAGAAUCAAAUCAGUUGAUGCGAUUGAUGACACUGGUGGAAUUCUAUUCAACAACAGCAAGUUCAUUGUGGAAUGUGAGUUGAUGAACGAGGGGAUGCUGGAAACAAUCAGUGCGAAAACAAAAGAAGACUGA